AUGGCGCCUAGAGCAGAGUAUAGGGAUUCGACAGCAGCAACCUUUGAGGAACCCCUCACAUUUCCCAUCCACUAUGAGGACCCAGAAUACCAGUCCGCGCAUUCGAAUUUGUUCUCAGGUUCUCUCACACGUCCAUUGGAAGCUGUUCUCCCUCCCGGAGUUACUCCAGCAGAUUUCGAUGCCGCGAUCAAUAAACUGAAAGAUAUCCUAGGAAAAGAUCAUGUUUUCACGGGAAGGUCGCUCACUGAAUAUAUCGACCCGUAUGAGCUUCAAGAAGAACCUUCUCGGAGAAAGAUUCCUAGUGGGGCUGUGUGUCCGAAGAACGUUGAAGAAGCUCAGGGAGUUUUGAAAAUCUGCAACGAGUACAAAAUCCCUGUUUGGACAUUUUCUAGGGGAAAGAAUUUAGGCUACGGUGGUCCCGCACCACGACUCAGUGGCUCACUGGCACUGGAUCUACACAGAAUGAACAAGAUCAUCGAAGUGAACCAGGAAUUCUCAUACGCAGUUGUCGAACCUGGAGUGACUUUCACGGAUCUCUAUGACUACUGUGUAUUACACAAGCUCAAAGUUUGGCCGAGUGUGCCUUCACUUGGCUGGGGAAGUGUGGUAGGAAAUACUGUCGACAGAGGCACGGGCUUCCUCCCAACAGCAACCCACCAUCAACACAUCGCUGGCCUCGAGAUUCUCCUAGCAGACGGCGACGUGGUCCGCACCGGCCAAUUCGGCAUUUCUGACUCCCCUUCAGCCCACCUCUCAAAGUUCACAUUCGGCCCCUCAAUAGAGGGGCUUUUCCUGCAAAGCAACCUUGGCAUCGUGACCAAAAUGGGCAUCUGGCUCACUCCCCAGCCCGAAGCCUACCUCUCAUGCGGUUUCUCCAUGUCAGAAUUCGACGACAUCGAAGUGAUGGUCGACCUCUUUGGCGAGAUGCGUCGAAACGGGACCCUUCCGAAUACUGUCUAUAUCUCCAAUAUCACAGAGUGGUUGGGGAUGACGGGCAAGAGGUGGGAAUACUGGGAUAAAUAUGAGCCUAUCCCGGCAUCGAAAAUCAGAGAACUGCAAGAGAAGCUUGGAAUGGGGUAUUGGAAUGCCAAGUUUGGACUGUAUGGUCCGAAAGGGGUUAUUCAGGCGCAGAUCGAUGAGUUCAAAAGAGUCGCAGCCAUCAAAGCUCCAGCAGGGAAACUGUAUGCCGAGAUAUUUACAGGAGAAGGAGGACAACUACUCGAGGCAACCUCUGUUCCAGAGCCUCAUGGCGGGCCAUUCGUCGGAGUCCCGACGCUGUGGAGUCUCCCGAUGGUCAACUACCGCCUUCCUAAGGACGGGAAAGGCAUCGCUGGCCAUGCUGAUUACUCGCCCAUCAUCCCCUCUUCUGGGAAAGCUAUUCUUGACUGGGUGAGAACUUCUCAGAAGAUUUCUGAAGCUCAGGGAUGGGAUCUUUUCUGCGACUUCUUUAUGCACGAACGACAUGUUAUCUUUGUUAACUUCAUGACAUUUGAUAAGAGUAAGCCGGAACAUCGACAGGCUAUUAGUACCAUUCUCCUCAAUCUGUACCAGGAGGGCAAGAAGAGGGGGUACAGCACUUACCGAACCCAUGUCAAUCAUAUGGAUCUGAAUGCUGAUAGUUAUGAUUUCAACAACCACGCUUACCAAAGAUUUGUUGAGAAACUCAAGGAUGCCGUCGAUCCCAACGGGAUACUUUCACCAGGGAAACAAGGCAUGUGGCCAGAAAAGUACAGAAAAUUCAGAGAUCCAACAGGAAAAGAAGCAGACCCAAGGUCCCUCUGA